AUGGAUUAUGUGUGUAUGAUCGACGAUUGUAUAUGUCGUUUGUGCACGUUGAAAGCAGCAGAUAAAGCGUGCACAAUGGAGACAGACGUAUCAAAGAAGAAGAGUCAGAUAGCAGCAGUCGGUUUAGAUUGGCUUCGAGUUGCAGCCGUCAUAAAAGUUGCUGUUGAAGAAGUAGUAAAGUUGUUGGUGGACGCAAAGAUGGAUGGAUGGAUGUGA